AUCUAUGGACCCCGACUUAGUCAGUGUCAAGCGGUCAGGCAAUCAAGUUGAGCUCUCUCUCUCCAUCGCCAGCGUCCACCGAUGCAGCCUAAUUCAAUUAAAAUUAAAACGCAGAUCUACGCGACCGAGUGAAAUUGCCCCAAAUUCCCGACAAUUAUAGGCCACGCUGUCGUCAGUAAUCUCCUAUCUGCGUAGGCAGCCAUAUCUGUAUCUCGGCCAUGCAAUCGGACGCAUCUCCACCGGGAGCUGCUGCCACCACAGAAUCCCUUCCAAUGCACCGAUCCACGUCCAUGCCCGUGAAGCCCAAGCCGCUGGAGCAGAAGCCCCUCCUGCGAUCCUCUGAGAAGGAGACGGUCAAUGCGGCGGACUACUAUCCAGAAAGUCCGGGUUUCGUGCGACGCAGAAGGUCCAAGGCGGUAGGGGAUCAGCUGGAAACACGCAGCGAGCAGAAUUUCCCCUACACACACGAUUGGGCCGGCAGCACAAUAGAGCUGACCCCGGAUAUGGGUUCCGGUGGGGGAACCUUCUCAUCCGACGGACUGAGGCGCAGCCUGCAUCGCGUGAUGGAGAAGAACGGCAAGGAGAACGUUGUCUUCCGGCGGAUUCCCGAGAAGUCCUGGCGCUACAUGAGGGAUGCUGUCACCACGCUGAUGGAGGUGGAGUGGAAGUAUAUGCUGACUCUGUUCCUGGGAAGUUACUUCCUCUGCUGGUUUUUAUUCGCCGCCCUCUGCUUCGUGGUGGCCUAUUCCCACGGAGAUUUUAUCUUUGACCCAGUGAGUGGAGCUCGAAUGGGCGAGGGUGUGGAUCCCUGCAUUUACGGUGUAAGGAACUGGGUGGAGAUGCUCAUCUACUCGGUGGAGACUCAAACGACCCUGGGAUUUGGCGAGAAGUACGCCAGUGAGGAGUGUCCGGAAACCAUAUUCCUAUUCGUCAUGCAGAUGCUGAGUGCUGCUCUGAUUGAAGGCAUUAUGGUGAGCGUGAUCUAUGCCAAGACAGCCCGUCCAGCCCGGCAGUUGACCAAGCUCAAGUUCAGCGAUAAGGCGGUGAUCUGUUGUCGCGAUGGACAACUGUGUUUGCUCUUCCGCGUCUGCGAUCCCCGCGAGCAGCAGUCCAUUGAGUCCAAAAUACGCGUCUACUUUAUCAUGGACAAACGCACGCGUGAAGGUGAGAUCAUAAAAACUCACGUGGAACUGAAGCUGGAGGGGAAUGGGGAGCAGAUUAUUCUCUGGCCAGAUUUGGUUUGCCAUGUCAUCGAUGAGACGAGUCCGCUGCACCAAUUUACAAACGCCAAGCUAUUUAACGCUGCCCAAUUCGAGCUGUACGUAUCCAUUGUUGGCACUUCACCUGCCACAGCCCAAAUGACGGAGGCCAAGACGUCCUAUCUUCCAAGGGAGAUUUUCUGGGGCCAGCGAUUCGUCAACAUCAUCCAUUACGAUCCCCAAAACGAGCGCUAUAUUGUUGACUACGAGAACUUCAACAGGACUAUUUCGGUGGACAUGCCCAAAAUAAUGCUGGCCAAAGAUCAAUUGAAGCUAGAAUACAGAAAGUAAAGCUAGAAACCCACAUAAUCAUUUAAAGAAUCCAGCAUAUCCUUAUUUGACAACACUGUAUUAAAAUUCAAAGCAACAAAUUUAUUUUUAUCUUAAAGACCGAAUAAAAUGUCUGGCUUUGCUGCACCAAA